AUGAGGGUGGAGCUUCCCCCAGGUCCCAUAUCUGGAAUCGUUGUCAAGGACAUCGAAGGGAAUGAGAUGAGCCUGAAGGAUGCCCCAAAGCAUUGUGGGUAUGUGGCAAGCAAGGGAAAGGAUGGCAUGAUCACCCUGAACCUCCGCUUCAACUCCUGUCACAUGACUGUCCAGGGUAAAGAGCACCGCAUAGAUGUGAUUUACUCCACGUUGAACGGACAAAAAGGAAAGGCCCAGUUGUCCUGUCCAGUUUCCAUACCAGUUUCUCAUCAAGAGUGUAACCUUCCCAGUGACCAGCGCCUCCCCUGCGGCCGCCGCCCUCUAUCCCAGGCAGAGUGUCUCUCUCUGGGCUGCUGCUACAGCACCAAGCCCUCUGCCUGCUACUACUCCAUGGAUGAAUGCACAUUGGACCGCCACUUUGUCUUUASGGUGCCCGCCUCCCUCACGGACCCCCCUCUGUCCCCCGCCUUGCUCACUGCCGCUGGCCACCCCACCUGCGCCCCUCAGAGGGUGACUCCAGACUACGCCCUGUUCAAGAUCCCACUGGGUGGCUGCGGGGCCCACAGAUACGAGGUAGGCCAAACAGUAAUCUACAUGGUGGAGAUCAUCAACACGGUCCAGUCCAUCACCCUCAACUAUGGGACCAUCACCAGAGACUCUCCUAUCAGGUCAGUUCUAAACCCCCACUGGUGUUUAUAG